CUCACGUAUGGACUCCAGAAGAAUAUUGUGAUGAUCAAAUAAUGCAACAGAUAAAAUAUCUUGGUAUGUAUGGAUAUGUUACAUUUAUUUUAAAUUAGAUUGAUUUUUUAAGAUAAACUAUUUAUUUUAUGAAAUUCUGUGAUAUAAUUAUUUGUUAAUAUUAGUGUGGUUGUCGGUGCGUAUUUGUCAUUAAAAAUAAAAAUAUACUUAUCUACGUAUAAUAUUGGUCAAAGUAUGUACUUGCAUAAUAAUUGUUUUCUCUCUCCGAAACACACGCAACAAUAAGCAUCAUUUUCGUUUAGCACAACUAAUCUUACAUUGUUAAAUUUUAUAGAAGAACGAAUUGACCAUGUAUCGUCAAACUUAAAGUCAAAAACUUCAUCUGUGUUUAUACGUUAGAUAUUUUAAGCUGUUUCAAUAUCUAGUUAUGUGUAAUGUGUACUCACUACUUGUAUGAGACACUUAGUAAUGCUCAUUAUUACAUUAUCACAGAUAAUGAAUUGAAAUUUAUGUUUAACUAUAGGUAAAUUCACAUUUAUAUUAAAGCUAACAACGGACGUUUGGUAUUUGAUUCACUGAAAUGUACGUACAUUUUGGACAUUUUUCUAUACUAUACUAGUGAGCGCGUUGGUCAGAGGGAGAAAACAAAAUGUGAGCUGCUGAUACCGCCACUCGUAAAAUAAUAUUGUGUUUGAAUUUGGAGUCUCGUCCAUUAGUGGUUAUUUUCUUUUCGUUGCUUAUUUGGUAUUAUAAUUUAUAUUGUUGUGAAUGGGUGUAUGGGGUGACAACCACUCUGCCGUCCGCCCUAGAGACAGGCCUGAAUAAUAAUGACAAUGUAUCAAUAAAAUGCAUCGUAAAAAUCUUAUAAGAUGUAAAAAAAAUGUUUCAAAGCCAUUAAUGGUAAGCUAACGAGGUGGGUUUGUUUGACUGUUAGUCGUAAAUUUUUUUAGCCCCCCGAGAAAAAAAAUUGAAUAGCUCCUAUGCUACUUAUUCACGUGUAUGUACUAUAUAGGUAGAUAGGUACCCAUGCAAUCGACUUUUUUACUAUACCGUCAUACCGGUUUAUUGGUUUACGUCUUUUUAUAUAUAAAUCGCUUGUCCGAGUUCAAAGUUAACAACAAUAAAUGCAAUUUGAGCUUACGUUUUCUCAUUGCAACAUUACUUAAAUUCUUACAAAUCGUUUUAUUACGACUUACAAUAUUUUAAAUUACCGUCACGUGUACUACACUGUAUAUUGACCAUUAUCAAUAUUUAGAAUUUCGCGCCAUUUCUUUAGUCUAGGAUUUCUUAUCAUUGAAUACAAUAUUGAUUACAUAUAUUUUGCAUGUUUAUUAUUUAUUAUUUAUGUUGAAACUUUUUCGUGCUUUUUCGUUAUUCACUUAUUGUUUAAAUUAUAUUAUACUUAUUUGUAUUUGUUUAAACUGUAACGUUAAUUUUUGAAUUUGAUGUAUUAAAAUAAAAAAUAACUUUGCUCAUAAAAUGCCUUGUGAAAUGAUAACGGUCCAAUUGGGCCAAUGUGGAAAUCAAAUUGGAUUUGAGUUUUGGAAAAAACUGUGCGCCGAACAUGGUAUUAAUCCAGAAGGAGUACUAGAGCCAUUUGCUGCAGAAGGUGUUGGGGAUCGAAAAGAUGUCUUUUUUUAUCAGGCUGAUGACAACCAUUAUGUGCCAAGAGCUGUUUUGUUGGAUUUGGAGCCACGUGUUAUACAUUCAAUCAUGUCUUCCAAUUACUCAAAACUGUACAACCCUGAAAAUGUAUAUUUAUCUAAACACGGCGGUGGUGCUGGAAACAAUUGGGCAUCAGGUUUUAGUCAAGGUGAAAGACUUCAAGAAGAAGUGUUUGACAUAUUAGAUCGUGAAGCGGAAGGAGGUGAUAGUCUUCAAGGAUUUGUAUUGUGCCAUUCAAUUGCUGGAGGUACAGGUUCAGGAAUGGGUUCAUUUAUACUUGAACAUUUAACUGAUCGGUAUCCAAAAAAAAUAAUCGAAACAUAUAGUGUAUUUCCAAAUCAAGACGAAAUUAGUGAUGUAGUCGUACAACCUUAUAAUUCGUUAUUGACUUUAAAACGACUUGCACAGAGUGCAGAUUGUGUUGUAGUCUUAGACAAUACGGCAUUAAAUCGAAUUGCUACCGAUAGAUUACAUAUAGAAAAUCCGUCAUUUGCUCAAAUAAAUUCAUUAGUAUCUACAAUUAUGUCUGUUUCAACUGCUACUCUAAGAUACCCAUCAUACAUGAACAAUGACUUAGUUGGUCUCAUUGGACCUUUGAUACCAUCACCACGUUUACACUUCCUUAUGACAGGUUACACACCAUUAACUACUGACCAUGAGGAUGCUAAUAUUCGUAAAACAACAGUCUUUGAUGUAAUGAGGCGGUUGUUGCAGCCAAAAAAUAUGAUGGUUUCUACAGCACAAGAAAGAUCUACAAUACCACAUUGCUACUUAUCUAUAUUAAAUAUAAUCCAAGGUGAUGUUGAUCCUACACAAGUAUACAAAUCACUCCAAAGAAUUAGAGAAAGAAAAACUGUAAAUUUCAUUAAUUGGGGUCCAUCCAGUAUUCAAGUUGCUCUUUCAAAAAAGUCUCCAUAUGUUCCCACUGCUCAUCGUGUAUCUGGUCUUAUGUUAGCCAACCACACAAGCAUAUCUCAACUUUUCCAAAGAGUUCUAGAUCAGUACGAUAAACUGCGACAUAGAGAAGCGUUUUUAGAUCAAUUUCGUAAACAAAACAUGUUCAAAGAUGAUCUAUGUGAAAUGGAUGAUUCUAGAGCUGUAGUUCAAAAUCUUGUAGAUGAGUAUUUGGAAGCCACUAAGGACACAUAUCUUCAAUGGCAACCUAAAAAUGUUGUCAAUAAUUAAGAAAGUCAGAAAGUUUAUUAAUUUCACCUACUAACAUUCAUCACAAUUUUGUUCAAUUAUAUAAUUUAUUA